UUAUUUUACUACUAUUAUUACGCUUAUUUUUCGUUUUGUAUAAAUCUUGUUUUUCGGAAUUCAGGAUUUCGUUCGCGUAAAAUCUAAAUAAAAUUUUGAUUCUUCAAGCUUAAUUCAUCUGAGCCUCCAAUGAGGCGCAGUGCUCUUCGCAAUGCGUCUUUCAUUUUGAGCCUACUAGAAGUCCCGGUUGUCGACUUGGAGAGGGGCUCGAUUGUGGAGAGGGGGACGGUGUUGAGCAGUAUUGGGAUCCCAUAAGUGUGUCGGGGACCUGUCAUAUGUCAGAUUUUCCGUUCCACAUUCGAAACGCGAUCGCGCACGUUCCUCGACGAUCGCACGAGCAAUUCGACAAAUUCCAGGGCACGCGUGACUAUCGAGUGGACCCCGUUCUCCGCGAUCCGUCGAUCUCCCGCGCGAGUGAAACGCACUCGGGCCCCACAGCUGCUUCAAGAGUUGGAAUGCGGGAUCAACAUGGAGAAGGCGGAUAGAUCGAUAUUACUCGGUGAUGUCACGCACGGUCGCUGACUCUCCCGUCCGGCAUCCCGUUAACGGAGCAUGGAAUGGAAGGAUCAUGCCCACUCCUCUUUCCCAGCUUCGGGGAGCAGAGCGGCUCUGAGCGAGGAGGGGGCUAUUCAUCGCAGAAAGUUUAUCGACCAGGUGCAGAUGCCAUCGACUUGGGCUAUCAUACUCUUGACAAUAAUGCCUGCCGUACCACAUCUUCAUCGUCCUCGUCAACUCCAGGCGUAUCUAGUAUCACGUCGACUCGCCAACAGCAACAGCAACAGUUACCACAGUCCAAGCACCAUCUGGUUCACCACAUCGCGGUCAAUGACCUCUGUCAACUCGAUGACAAUCUGCUGCUGAGGAUCUUUAGUUGGCUCGAUACUCGCGAUCGCUGUUCCCUGGCGCAGACUUGCCGGCGCCUCUGGGAGAUUGCGUGGCAUCCAGCUCUCUGGCGAGAGGUCGAGGUGCGUUAUCCGCAGAAUGCCACAGCGGCAUUGAACGCGUUAACACGACGUGGCUGUCACACAUGCGUCCGUCGUCUGGUCCUGGAAGGUGCUACCGGAUUACCCGGCAUCUUUGCCCAAUUACCAUAUCUUAAUCUGACUUCCUUGGUGCUGCGACACUCACGUCGUGUCACUGAUGCCAAUGUCACCACUGUAUUGGACAGCUGUGCUCAUCUUAAAGAGCUUGACUUGACCGGCUGUCCUAAUGUUACUCGUGCCUGCGGUCGUACCACUAUUCUGCAGCUUCAGUCCCUCGAUCUCAGUGACUGUCACAGUAUCGAGGAUUCCGGCCUGGUACUAAGUCUGUCGCGUAUGCCACAUCUGGGAUGCCUUUAUUUGCGUAGAUGUGGCCGCAUCACCGACGCCAGCCUGGUCGCCAUUGCAUCCUACUGCGCCAGCCUGCGUCAGCUAUCGGUAUCGGAUUGCGUAAAAGUGACUGAUUUUGGGGUACGCGAGCUGGCGGCUCGUCUCGGCCCAUCGCUCCGUUACUUCUCCGUGGGAAAAUGCGACCGCGUGUCCGAUGCCGGUCUGCUGGUCGUCGCUCGUCAUUGUUAUAAGCUGCGCUAUUUAAAUGCUCGUGGUUGCGAGGCGCUCAGCGACAGCGCGACCAUUGCUCUGGCGCGCGGUUGUCCGCGUAUGCGCGCUCUGGACAUAGGCAAAUGCGACAUCGGUGAUGCAACCCUCGAAGCACUAUCUACUGGAUGCCCGAACCUGAAGAAGUUGUCCCUGUGCGGAUGCGAAAGAAUUACCGACGCCGGUCUUGAGGCAUUGGCCUACUAUGUCCGUGGCUUGCGACAACUCAACAUUGGCGAGUGUCCUAGGGUCACAUGGGUUGGCUACCGCGCGGUCAAACGCUAUUGCCGACGUUGCGUCAUAGAACAUACUAAUCCUGGGUUUUCUAGUUGAUGUUAUUAUUACAACAUCGUUUGUAUUGGAAAUCUCGAAUAGCGUGAAGAGAUAUUUUCGACAGAAAUAUUUCCGAGAAAGAGAAUAUUCUGACGAAAUUCUCUAAAAAAGGGCUUUAAAGUAUAUCCUGAGAAUAUUAAAAUUAAGAAUAUAUAGAUGAUAUGUUGAGAAUAUUAUAAAAUUAUAUAUAUAUAUAUAUAUUUUUUAGCAUAAUUUAAAAAAAUGAGACAAUAUUCUCAGGAUAUUCAAUUAUCUUGUAUCACUAAUCUCAAGUGCCAGAGUGUAAUAUAGAGAAAAUUUAUAGGAAAAUUGUAAACCCAAUUUUUUUUAUUCGAGUUUAUGCGACGAUAAAUGUUAUCCUUUUUGAUGACGAUGUCGAAAAGAAAACGAUAUAGGAUGAAUUGUCAAUUUUCGAAAUCAAUAAUUUGUAUGCGAUUUAUUUAUUAACAAGCACUCUAUUUCAUCGCUUGCAUAUUAAUUUGUAAAAAGAUUAUUUCAUGAUUGGUUGUAAAAAUAUAUGCAUAUAUUCUGUUUCAAAAGUCAUGCUAUUUAUUGUCUUUUUAUAAUUUAAUGCACUGCGUAUAAUAAUAAUGAAUUGUUUGUAUUCUUAUAACAACGUUUGUAAUUUAUUGUAAUAACAAUAUGAUAUUAAAUCUUCUGAUUUCUUGAUGUUAUUGGAAUUAAUACGUAGAUUAAUAUAAUACACGGCAUGUACAGUAUAUAUGGAAAUAUACAGUAUACAUAGAAAUAUAAAAUAAAUAUCCCUUGUUGAGCUGAGUUACUUUAAAGAUACAAAA